GUGAGGCCAAUGCUCUACAGGUGCUCCAUCGUUCCGCCCAGAUUAAAUAAUAUCAUCAUGAAUUGUCAUCGUGACGAGAUUUGAUUUAAAUGCAUGUUGCCUCACUGCACUCAUGUCAGCUUUAUUUAUUUUGAGAAUGAUGAUUAGGAAAAAGGUUGAUAUAUUGUGCGUCCAAGAGAGCAAGUGGAAAAAAAGUAAGCUAGAAGUUUAGGUGCAGGGUUUAAAUUAUUUUACCAUGGAGUAGAUGGGAAGAGAAAUGGAGUAGGGGUUAUUUCAAAAGAAGGGCUGGCUUAGAAUGUUUUGGAUGUGAAAAGACUAUCAGAUCGAGUGAUGAGGCUGAAAGAAAUUUGAAUUUGAGGGUAUUGUGUAUAAUGUGAUUAAUGGCUACACCCCACAGGAAGGAUGUCACCUCGACUUGCAAGAGAAAUUAUGGAAGGAACUAGACGAAGUAGUCCUGACCAUCCCAAAGAGAGAGAGUUGUGAUAGGUGCAGAUUUCACUGGAGAUGUUGGCAAAAUAAACGGGGGUGAUGAAGAAGUGAUGGGUAAGUACAGUAUUCAGCAAAGUAACUUUGAGGGGCAGAUGGUGGUGGAUUUUGCAAAAAGGAUGGAAUUGGCAAUGGUGAACACUUAUUUUCCAGAAUAGACAGGAAGAUAGAGUGACCUAAAAGAGCAGAGGUCUGAGCACCUGGGAUUAUAUUUUGUCCAGAUUAUGUAGCACAGGAUUGUGGUGUGUAGGAUGACUCUGGUAGUGGGUAGGAAGAUUAAGAAGACAAAGGUAGAACAGAGAAUCAGGUGGUGGAAGUUGAGAAAGGAAGAACUUUGUGUGGCCUUUUGGAAAGAGUUGAGACAGGCUCUAAAUGGACAGGAAGAGCUCCCGGAAGACUGGAAUACUACUGCCAAGGUACUCAGAGAGGCAGGCAGGAGAAUUCUUGGGAUGCCUUCUAGUAGGAAAUGGGAGAAGGAGACUUGGUGGUGGAACCCCAAAAUACUGGCAGUCAUCCAAGGAAAGAGAUUAGUGAAAAAGUGGGACAUGGAGAGGAAUGAGGAGAGGCGUAAGGACGUAAGAGGCUGAAAAACGAGGUCAGACUGGAUUCCCUUUGGAUCAAAAUGUUUGCAGAUGAUAUUGUGAUCUUCAGUGAAAGCAGGGAGCAUGCAGAGAAACAAUAAGAAAGAUGGAGACAUGCACUGGAAAGGAGAGGAAUGAAGAUUAGCCAAAGUAAAACAGAAUAUAUGUGCGUGAAUGAGAAAGGUGGAGGGGGAAGAGUGAGGCUACAGGGAGAAGAGAUAGCGAGGGUGGAGGACUUCAAAUAUUUAGGGUCAACAAUCCAGAGCAAUGGAGAGUGUGGUAAGGAAGUGAAGAAAUGGGUCAAAGCAGGUUGGAACAGCUGGCAGAAGGUGUGUUGUGUGUUAUGUGAAAGAAGGAUCUCUGCUAGGAUGAAGGGGAAAGUUUACAAAACAGUGGUGAGGCUGGCCAUGAUGUACGGAUUAGAGACGGUGGCACUGAAGAAACAACAGGGAGCAGAACUGGAGGUAGCAGAAAUGAAGAUGUUGAGGUUCUCGCUCGGAGUGAGCAGGUUGGAUAGGAUUAGAAAUGAGCCCAUUAGAGGGACAGGCAAAGUUGGAUGUUUUGGAGACAAGAUUCGAGAGAGUAGACUUCGAUGGUUUGGACAUGUUCAGAGGCGAGAGAGUGAGUAUAUUGGUGGAAGGGUGCUGAGGAUGGAGCUGCCAGGCAAAAGAGCGAGAGGAACACCAAAGAGAAGGUUUAUGGAUGUGGUGAGGGAAGACAUGAGGGCAGUUGGGGUUAGAGAGGAAGAUGCAGGAGAUAGGCUAAGAUGGAAACUGAUGACACACUGUGGCGACCCCUCUCGAGACAAGCUGAAAGGAAAAGAAGAAGAAGAAGAGUGAAAGCAGGGAACAGGCGGAGGAACAGUUAGAAAGAUGGAGGUAUGCACUGGAAAGGAGAGGAAUGAAGAUUAGCCGAAGUAAAACAGAAUAUAUGUGCGUGAAUGAGUGGGGCGGAGGAGGAAGAAUGAAUCUCCAGGGAGAAGGGAUAGCGAAGGUGGACGACUUCAAAUACUUGGGUUCAACAAUACAGAGCAAAGGAGAGUGUGGUAAGGAAGUGAAGAAAGGGUCCAAGCAGGAUGGAAAAGUUGCCGCAAGGUGUCUGGUGUUCUAUGUGAUAGAAGAGUAUCCGCGAGGAUGAAAGGCAAAGUUUAUAAAACAGUGGUGAGGCUGGCCAUAAUGUACGGAUUAGAGACGAUGGCACUGAAGAAACAACAGGAAGCAGAACUGGAGGUAGCAGAAAUGUAGAUGUUGAGGUUCUCCCUCAGAGUGAUCAGUUUGGAAAGGAUUAGAAAUGAGCUCAUUAGAGGGACAGCCAAAGUUGAAUGUUUUGGAGGCAAGGUUAGAGAGAGCAGACUUCGAUGGUUUGGACAUGUUCAGAGGCGAGAGAGUGAGUAUAUUGGUAGAAGGAUGCUGAGGAUGGAGCUCCCAGGCAAAAUAGCGAGAGGAAGACCAAAGAGAAGGUUUAUGGAUGUUGUGAGGGAGGACAUGAUCACAGUGGGUGUUAGAGAAGAAGAUGCACAAAAUAGGCUUAGAUGACACGCUGUGGCGACCCCUCACGAGAAAAGCUGAAAGCAAAAAAGUAGAAGACAUUAAAUUAAAAAUCAAAAAGAGGUGAUGAAUUUACGUCUCGAGCUCAAAUGUGACGCAGAUGAUGCAGAAAGUCACGUGACCAUACGCAGAAAGUGGAUUGGUGGACUUUCCGUUUAUCAUGCAACAACUAUCAUGACUAUAAAUGAUGGUUUAAGUCUGAACUUGGUAAAGUUAGUUUUGGCACAGUGACGCAACUUUAGUGUGUUGCCCUCACAGUUCUGAGAAACGGGGCGCAAAUCCUAGUUCGUGAAAUGUCAAUCAGAGGGAUCUCUGGUGGGACUGCACAUUUCGUACAUUUGUUGGGACACCUGAUACAAGUAUACAGUGGUGUACUGACUUAAGCUUUUAAGUUGUUUUGUGACCAAGCUCGUAAUUCAAAACUCUCGUAUCUCAAGCGAUCUUUCAUCAUUGAAUUAAAUGCAAAUAUCAUUAAUCCAUUCCAGUGUGUCAAAAAACAAAACAAAACAAAACAAAACAGUAUUAGACCCAAAAGAAUACCGUUGUUAAUAAAUACUCACUAUAAUAAAUAGUAACAAAAACUUGGUUUUCGCAGAGGACAAAGAGAACAUGGCUGUGAGUAUUGUUGUAUGUCUGUCAGCAUGUGUCCCUACCAUUUAGUUGUCUACUCGUUGUUUCAAGGUUUAUAGUUGCAGCAAAAUCAAUGCUAGUUUUGUUAGCCUGUCGAUGGUGUUUUGCAUUGUCUGUUAGCAUUAAGAUUGUGGGCUUUCUUAAGAUGAACUUAAUGUGCCUUGGUUAAAUACACGUGCAAUUCUCUCUGUUCUUGAAUAAUUGUUCACUAUCUGGUAAACUUCUACUUGUUGUGAAUUUUGCCGACAUGGUAACCAGUGCGAUUGCUCAAAUUUUUCCUUGCUUGUGGAUUCUCUCAUAAGUGGAAGUACCAAUGUAUAGCUAUCAACAUGAUCACAUGUAUACUUUCUCCAUGGUCAUGUGUGUACAUCAAAUUAACCAGCUGUUGUGUGCUAACUGUGGUUUGAUCCUGCAGGUAUAUAACAGAGUUUGUAAACCUAGGCAAUGUCUCAGCUCUGCGCACGUUCAGGGUGUUGAGGGCAUUGAAAACAAUUUCUGUCAUUCCAGAUAUAUAACAGAGUUUGUGGACCUGGGCAAUGUAUCUGCGCUGAGAACAUUCAGAGUUCUCCGAGCAUUGAAAACUAUCUCUGUCAUCCCAGGCCUGAAGACCAUUGUGGGAGCCCUCAUUCAGUCAGUCAAGAAACUUUCAGAUGUGAUGAUCCUGACCGUCUUCUGCCUCAGUGUCUUUGCACUCAUUGGUCUGCAGCUCUUUAUGGGCAACCUGCGCCACAAGUGCGUCAUCUGGCCCAUCAACAUAACCGAGACCUACGUGGCCAAUGGCAGCAUGAGCUUCGACUGGGAUGAGUACAUCAUGAACAACACAAAUUUCUACUUCCUCCCUCACCAGUCCGAUGCCCUUCUCUGUGGAAACAGCUCAGACUCAGGUCGUUGCCCGGAGGGCUACACGUGCAUGAAAGCUGGGAGGAAUCCAAACUAUGGUUACACUAGCUUCGACAGCUUUGGAUGGGCCUUCCUAGCUCUUUUCCGACUCAUGACACAAGACUUCUGGGAAAACCUCUACAUGCUGACACUGAGGGCGGCAGGAAAGACCUAUAUGAUCUUCUUUGUGUUGGUGAUCUUUGUGGGUUCUUUUUACUUGGUCAACCUGAUCCUGGCUGUGGUGGCCAUGGCCUAUGAGGAGCAGAACCAAGCCACCAUGGAGGAAGCCCAGCAGAAGGAGGAAGAGUUUAAAGCUAUGCUGGAGCAGCUCAAGAAACAACAGGAGGAAGCUCAAACUGGUGCCAUGGCAACCUCAGCUGGAACAGCAUCAGAAGAGGCCGUCGAGGAUGAUGGGGGAGGGCGGCUUUCAUGCAGUUCUUCUGAGAUGUCCAAGCUCAGCUCCAAGAGUGCCAAAGAGAGGCGGAACCGUAAGAAGAAGUGGCGGCAAAAAGAGCAAGAGAAGGAGAAAGGUGACAGUGAGAAGUUUGUCAAGUCCGAGUCAGACGAUGGCAGCAAGAGGAGCCGCUUCCGCUUUCCCGAUAACCGCCUGGGUCGAAAAUCUUCCAUUAUGAACCAGUCUCUCCUCAGCAUACCAGGCUCACCCUUUCUGUCCCGCCACAACAGCAAGAGCAGCAUCUUCAGUUUCAAGGGCCGGGGCAAGGAUGUGGGUUCAGAGAACGAGUUUGCAGACGAUGAACACAGCACGGUGGAAGAGUGUGAUGAGCGCCGGGGCUCCCUGUUCAGCCCGUACCGGCGCAGCAGCUAUAGUGGCUAUCAUGGGAAGAGGAACAGUACAGUGGAUUGCAACGGCGUGGUGUCGCUGAUUGGCCCCGGGCCUGGUGGACGCCUUCUGCCUGAGGUGAAAAUAGAUAAGGCGGCUACUGAUGACAGACCUGCUACUGAGGUUGAGGUGAAGAAGAAGAUGUCUGGCUCCCUGAUGGUGUCUGUGGACCAGCUCAAUACCUCCUUUGGGCGGAAAGAGCGGGCCAACAGUGUCAUGAGCGUCAUUACCAACACUCUAGUGGAGGAACUAGAGGAAUCCCAGCGAAAGUGUCCCCCAUGCUGGUACAAGUUUUCAAACAUGUUCUUGAUAUGGGAAUGCUCCCCUACAUGGCUGAAGAUCAAGGAGAUUGUCAACCUGAUAGUCAUGGAUCCUUUUGUGGACUUGGCCAUUACAAUCUGCAUUGUACUCAACACACUUUUCAUGGCCAUGGAACACUACCCCAUGACACCUGACUUCGAGGAUAUGCUCUAUGUGGGGAAUCUGGUAUUCACUGGGAUCUUUGCUGGGGAAAUGAUGUUCAAACUUGUGGCUAUGGAUCCCUAUUACUACUUCCAAGAGGCCUGGAAUUGCUUUGACGGCUUCAUUGUGACCCUGAGUUUAGUCGAGCUGGCCCUAGCAGACGUCGAGGGUCUGUCAGUGCUACGGUCAUUUCGACUGCUGAGAGUGUUUAAGUUGGCAAAAUCAUGGCCAACCCUCAACAUGCUGAUCAAGAUCAUUGGCAACUCCGUGGGCGCUUUAGGGAACUUGACUCUUGUGUUGGCCAUCAUCGUCUUCAUCUUUGCCGUAGUGGGCAUGCAGCUGUUUGGAAAGAGUUACAAAGACUGUGUGUGCAAAAUCGACACUGACUGCAAGCUGCCACGCUGGCACAUGAAUGACUUCUUUCACUCCUUCCUGAUUGUCUUCCGGGUGCUCUGUGGAGAGUGGAUUGAGACCAUGUGGGACUGCAUGGAGGUGGCCGGCCAGGCCAUGUGCCUCAUCGUCUUCAUGAUGGUCAUGGUCAUUGGCAACUUGGUGGUGUUGAACCUCUUCCUUGCCUUGCUGCUGAGCUCAUUCAGUGCAGAUAAUUUGGCUGCCACGGAUGAUGACGGAGAGCUGAACAACCUGCAAAUUUCUGUCAUCCGCAUUAAGAAAGGCAUUGCAUGGAUCAAAGCCAAGAUGAGACUGCUCCUGGCCAGUCUCCUGAGGAAACCACCCAUGGAGGACGAGCAGAAGCCUUUAGACGACAUGUAUGACAAGAAGCUGAACUGUAUUGCCAAUCACACAGGGGUGGACAUAAACCGAGAUCUGGACUAUGCAAAGAAUGGCAAUGGCACUACCAGUGGCAUUGGCAGCAGUGUGGGCAAGUACAUGAUCGAUGAAGACCACAUGUCAUUCAUCCACAACCCCAACCUGACUGUCUGCGUACCCAUUGCUGUUGGGGAGUCUGAUUUUGAGAACCUCAAUACAGAGGACUUCAGCAGCGAGUCAGAUAAUGAGAACAGCAAAGAGCUGUAUGACACCAGUUCGUCAGAGGGCAGCACCAUUGAUAUCAAGCCAGAUAUAGAGGAGGUGGUGGUGGUGGAGACGGUGGAAGAAUACUUGGAACCAGAGGCAUGUUGGACAGAUGCAUGUGUGGCCAAGUAUAAGUGCUGCGAUGUUGACAUCACCAUGGGGUGGGGGAAGAGCUGGUGGUUCCUGAGGAAGACCUGCUACCUGAUCGUGGAGCACAACUGGUUUGAGACUCUCAUCAUCUUUAUGAUCCUCCUCAGCAGUGGAGCCCUGGCAUUUGAGGAUGUCUAUAUUGAGCAAAGGAAAACCAUCCGAAUCAUUUUGGAGUACGCAGACAGGGUUUUCACCUACAUCUUUAUCUUGGAGAUGCUGCUGAAAUGGGUUGCUUACGGCUUUGUCAAGUACUUCACCAAUGCUUGGUGUUGGCUGGACUUCUUCAUUGUGGAUGUGGUAGUCAACGCCUUGGUGGGAGCCAUCCCUUCCAUUAUGAACGUGUUGCUGGUUUGCCUCAUCUUUUGGCUGAUUUUCAGUAUCAUGGGCGUCAACUUGUUUGCGGGCAAGUACUACUACUGUUUCAAUGAGACCUCUGAGGAGUACUUUCCUGUCGACGAAGUCAACAACAAGACUCAAUGUGAGGCCCUCAUUGAGCAAAACGCUACAGAGGUCAGGUGGAAAAACGUUAAAAUCAACUUUGACAAUGUGGGCGCUGGCUACCUGGCUUUGCUACAAGUGGCCACAUUCAAAGGCUGGAUGGACAUUAUGUAUGCAGCUGUGGAUUCCAGAGAGGUGGAAGACCAGCCCGACUAUGAAGUCAGCAUUUACAUGUACAUCUACUUUGUGGUUUUCAUCAUCUUUGGCUCCUUCUUUACCCUCAAUCUCUUCAUUGGUGUGAUCAUUGACAACUUCAACCAGCAAAAGAAAAAGUUUGGAGGUCAGGAUAUUUUCAUGACAGAGGAACAGAAGAAGUACUACAAUGCCAUGAAGAAACUAGGUUCCAAAAAGCCUCAGAAACCCAUCCCUCGACCUCAGAACAAGAUACAAGGAAUGGUGUUUGACUUUGUCACACAGCAAGUAUUCGACAUCUCCAUCAUGAUCCUCAUUUGUCUCAACAUGGUCACCAUGAUGGUGGAAACAGAUGAUCAGUCCGAUGAGACAGAAACUGUCCUGUACUGGGUCAACUUCAUCUUCAUUGUGGUCUUUACAACAGAGUUCUUGUUGAAGCUCUUUGCUCUUCGCCACUACUACUUCACCAAUGGAUGGAACAUCUUUGAUGUGGUGGUUGUUAUCCUGUCAAUUGUUGGAAUGUUCCUGGCUGACAUCAUCGAGAAAUACUUCGUAUCUCCAACGUUGUUCAGGGUGAUUCGCUUGGCUCGUAUCGGACGUAUUCUGCGUCUCAUCAAAGGAGCAAAGGGCAUCCGAACGUUACUCUUUGCCCUGAUGAUGUCACUGCCAGCGCUGUUCAACAUCGGCCUCUUACUCUUCCUGGUCAUGUUCAUCUUCUCCAUCUUCGGCAUGUCCAACUUUGGUUACGUAAAGCAUGGUGCCGGGAUCGACGACCUGUACAACUUUGAGACCUUCGGCAACAGCAUGAUCAUACUGUUCAUGAUCACGACUUCGGCUGGCUGGGACGGCUUACUUCUGCCCAUCCUCAACUACCCGCCAGACUGCAACCCCAACCUGGAGAACCCUGGUACCUCAGUCAAGGGUGACUGCGGUAACCCUUCAGUGGGAAUAUUUUUCUUUGUCAUGUACAUUAUCAUUUCUUUCCUGAUUGUGGUCAACAUGUACAUUGCCAUCAUCCUGGAGAACUUUAGCGUAGCCACAGAGGAGAGCGCCGAUCCUCUCAGUGAGGAUGACUUUGAGACCUUUUAUGAGAUCUGGGAGAAGUUUGAUCCCACUGCCUCUCAGUUCAUCACCUUUGCCAAACUGUCUGACUUUGCUGACGCGCUCGAACACCCACUUCGUGUGCCAAAGCCUAACACCAUUGAGCUGAUUGCCAUGGACAUGCCCAUGGUGAGUGGCGAUCGCAUCCAUUGCCUGGACAUCCUGUUUGCCUUCACCAAGCGUGUGUUGGGUGACAGUGGUGAGUUGGACAUGCUGAGGCAGCAGAUGGAAGAGCGCUUUGUGGCGGCCAACCCUUCUAAGGUGUCGUACGAGCCCAUCACCACCACCCUGCGCCGCAAGCAGGAGGACAUGUCAGCCAGGAUCAUACAAAAUGCCUAUCGCGCUCACCUCAUACGCCGCGGCAUCAUUUUCAAGAGGCAUGUGUUUGUCAACAGCAAACUGGAAAAUGGUGGCAACAACCAGGAGAAGAAGGAGAGUACGCCAUCCACUGCCUCGCUCCCUUCAUAUGACAGCGUGACCAAACCUGACAAGGAGAAGCAAGAUGACAACAAGGAGGAGUGGGCCAGGAAGGAGAAGGACAAAAACAAAAAAGAUCAGUGGGAAUCUAAGUGUUAAGAACAGUUAGACUCAUCAUUUGCAAGUAAUAAAACGUGAGAAAAAUACUGGAAGACAAUGUUUACUGACUACUGAGGGAAAUGUGGUUUCUUAUGUCAUCAAAGACAGCUGAACCAAACCCAAUCAGUUUACUGUGGAACUUUACUGCAUAAUGACUAAGCUCUUAGAAGUUAGUGACUGAAAAAAGUGUGCUGGCAAUUGCAUGUGUGCGUGCGCACACACACACACACACACACACACACACACACACACACACACACACACACACACACACACACACACCGAUAUCUUUGGGGACCAACUUGCCAAGACACACAACUCUCUGAUGAGAGAAUGAGGAAACAGCUACAUCCCUGCCAACGCCAAGCAUGUGAAGUACCUCUGCAAACUUUCCACACUGCAGCACCACAAGAAUUAUAUCGGCAGCCUAAGGGAGAAGAAAAGAAAAUCACAAAUCAACCACAUGGGGAUGGGUGGGUGGCUGGAUGGGAGGGGGAAUACUGAAAUAUAGACAAAGGGGUUUUUGUUUGUUUGUGCUUCAGUGAUUCUUCAUAUUUUGAGAAGGAAAAAAACCCGGACAUCAAACCCAUGUGACAACCGCUUUCAUAUCGUCUUUAUUCUACUGACAUCGGGAAAAGAUAUUUUGGUUUUGGACAUGGUUAUGACACAGUGUGCAAGAGUCUUGCUCAGACCAAAAUAAUAGUUAUUGUGCUUGUUCAAUGCAUAGAAAUGACUUUUAUGAAGGCACGUUUUGAUCAGGAAUCAUGCAUGAGUAAUCAUAGUCGACACAAUACUCUUAACUCUGCAGUGAUUUCACUGUGUGAGCAAGAGGCUGCUCCCUGGGGAUAAGUAGAUCUGUAGUCUUUGCAAGUGUUGCUACUCUUCUAAUGUAAAGUUCCAAUGUCAGCUGUAAGGCAACUUAAAUGUAUUUUUUUUUCUUUUUUUUUGCUGCUCCCCAUGUGGAUGGCUGUUUCAAAGGUGGUAGAAUUCCAUACUCAUGUCAUAGAUGCUCGCUUAUCCUCGUUGGGGUCUGGGGCUCACAUCUCAUAUUGUUUUGCUGUAGGGAGAGCAUUGAUACGCCACAGAGUUUGAGAUCCUUGUGACUGUUGUAGCCCUGAAGAUGAAGAUCUGAUUUGAUUUUCUUUCUUUGUACUCUUGACAGACAUGCAUUAGAGAUUCCAGCCAUUUAUCUGUUAUGUAAUGUUACGCGUUUCUGUCAAAUUAGACACAUCGUCUGGCAGUUUGUCUUCUCUGAUAUCCUCCCACAAGGCUGGAGAAUGACGCGGAACAUUGUGAAGUGUGGGCAGAGUUAGCGCAUGGCGAUCCAGUGUUCUUGCUUCACCGUACCUAGCAUGAACAGAAGGAAAGGGGUCAUGCAACAAAAGGGCUUGUAGUUGCUAUAAUUAAGUGUGGUUUGUCUGCAAGUGACGCUCACCAACAGAAUCAACUGCCAUGUUUGUCAGUGUAUCAUUGGCACCAUCUUUUUUCACACACAUUUCCAGUGAGUCAGGCAUAGACGACAAAGGCAAGACUUCAGAUGAAACAUCAGCACCUCUUACAUGGAUGCAGCUAUGCUGUGUGAGCAAUCAAAUCAGCUUUGUGGCUGUUUUCUACUCCUUGAAGAAAUGCAAGGCUUUGUCAAUCCAGCUGCCUCUUAAGGUGUUCCUGCCAUUCUUUUUGUAUGUGCCAGUCAAUGAUACUAUCUCUAUCCGGAUCUGUCAUCCGCCGUCACACUACUAAUGCCAUUUGGUGUGUAUAACACUGCCUCUACCCCUUACAAAAGUACCCUCUUCUGUCUGAACCAUGAAGCCAGGUCGGUUUACGACAUGAAGUCUCCUAAUAGCUAUGACUGCUGCACACUAAAACCAAAUACAUUCCCGAUGAGCGAACCAUUUGACUAAGCUGCACCAUUCACCUGAAUCAAUCUUAUCUUCAACGAAAUUGCUCCAACUGACUCACUCACUGGGUUAGGCACCAACAUACAAAAAAAACAAAAAAAAAACAA